AUGACAAACACGGAAGGAAAGAGGAGGGGCACCCGCUGUGUGUUCUCUAGGCCUUUUAGGAAGCAUGAAGUUUUUCCUUUGGGCACCCACAUGCAAAUCUACAAAAAGGGUGAUAUUGUAGAUAUGGGCACUGUUCAUAAAGGAAUGCCCCAUAAGUGUUACCACGGCAAAACCGGAAGAGUCUACAACGCCACCCAGCGUGCUGUGGGCAUCACUGUGAACAAGCAGGUUAAGGGCAAGAGUCUCGCCAAGAGCAUCAGUGGGCGCAUUGAGCACAUCGAGCGCUCUGAGAGCAGGGACUGCUUCCUGAAGUGCAUGAAGGCGAACCAGAAGCAGAAGGAAGCCAAGGAGAAGGGCACCUGGGUCCAGCUGAAGCGCCAGCCUGCGCCACCCAGAGAAGCACACUUCUUGAGGGCUAAUGGGAAGGAGCCUGAGCUGCUGGAGCCCGUUCUGUAUGAAUUCACGGCCCAAUCACACCUUCUAGGUAGAAAAGUCGGCACCUUUACAAACCUCUCACAGGAAAUGGAGGAAGCCAAACUGAGUUGA